AUGUGGGCAAGCGUGCCCGCUCGUGAUGGCAAGUCUACGACCUUUGAACUCGUACCAUGCGGUGGGCAAGGGGUGCUGAUAUUGGGCGCACAGAGCGAGCUGACCCACCGACGAGGGGAGGAUGGCAGCCAGAUCACGUUUGACAUUCAUAUGUGGGAGGACAACCAUGCCGUCAAGGUGGAUAUAGACGUCGCACUCGUCGUGGCCGACAUUAGCAGCAAAGAGGGCGAGGCUAAUUUGCCCGUGGACAUUGAGCACGCCAGGGAGGCCAGUCCGCGCGCGGUCUACUUUGUAUUUAUUGACCCUGUUUGGACAUAUGAGCAUGACGCUCCGUAUUAUCGCCUCCAAGUGGUGCGCUGCGCUUACCUGUGUCACACGUUCGGCUUUGAUCACUUGCGAACGGGUGUCUAUUCGUCGUGGGACCCGGCGCUUGUUGCGGGCGACCUAGCCACUGCCAUCUUUCCACCGCCGCGCAGUCCUACCACCGUCAAGGACGUACUAUCGUUCGUGUACGAGAAGGCUCUGGAUUGGUUUGCUAGAUGUCUAUCGUACCCCAUCAUACGUCCAGCGGAUGUCAGCUCCAAACUCGACUACGUCACCGACAACAACCAUAUGGAUGCCCUCAUUAACAACGAGUCCUGCGAUGAGUGGGAGAAGGAUAUCAUCAGUCGCGGCGCAAGCCUGUUCCCCAACCCUUCAUGCCCGGUGCAUCUGGUACCGAUUCAUGGGGAGCAGGAUGCUUUUGUCGUCGCCAAGACCCUGCGGCGCGGAGAGAGAGAAGCCAUGGUUCUGGCCGAACAGCUGUUGCCGGUCCCACGAGUCUACCGUCAUGAUCUGAAAUGGACCGUCAUGGACUACAUCCGUGGCCCGACCUUGUUGAGCUGCUGGGAAGAAUUGUCGCGGAUAGAGAAACUGAGAGUUGCCUGUACCCUCCGUGUCUACGUGAGACGCAUGCGUACGCUCCAAAGAGCAUAUCCAGGCGACGCUCUUGACGGACACCUGAACGCGCAGUUCUUCUGCGGCGAGUUGGGCGAUAGACGGUUCGGCCCGUUCGGCUCCGUCGACGACUUUCGGCGCUUUUGCACGUAUCUUGCGUACCGCACAUGGCAGAUGCGGGCUUCCAGACAUGGCGACGAUGCCGAACCAAUUCCUUCCAUCGACGGCUGCUUCGAGCACAUCUGUCUCGUCCACGGAGAUCUCAGUCCAUGGAAUGUGAUGCUGUCCGAGAGCCGAACCGUUUUUCUCAUCGAUUGGGAGUUUGCUGGUUACUAUCCCGCGUGCUUGGAGGCGGUGGGGAUGAGAUUCACAAAUGAUACUAUGCCAGAGCGGUUCAUACCGGCCUCGUGGGCUCGCUAUUGGAAAUUCAUAGCCGGGCCGGUAGAUGUCCAUGUAGACCGAUUUUGGGUAUUUGUACGCAUCGCAGUGGAUCGAUUCAGUUACUAG